AUGCCUGACUUCGACGAUGAUUGCACCUGGCCGCGCCGGCUACUUCACAUACCUACCAUGAUAUCGGUGCAUUGGACGCCUGGCAACUGUUACGGAAGCGAUCGUGAGCCGAGAUAUAUCGCAAUCUCGUACACUUGGGGCAGAUGGCGGUUAAAGGGCCCGACCCAUCCAGAGGUGAAGGGACUGGCUGUCAACGGCGUCACCUGGGAAAUGCCACGAGUAGACCCAGCUCAUUUUUCUACUGCUGAAAUGGAGAACAUUUUGGGGUCGGCAUUAAAACUUUCAGCCGAAAUCGAAAAUUUCAAUGAUCCCGGCAAAUCACUGCCUCCCAUCAACUACCUCUGGCUCGAUGUUGCUUGCAUUGACCAGACUCGUGGUUCAGUGGAGAUGGCUUCAGAAGUCGGUCGCCAAGCGAAGAUCUUCAGGGGGGCCACGCACACGUUUGCAUGGUUGACGAAGCUCUCUCGCCAAGAAUACUUAUCGCAGUCGGGGCGGCACCAGGAAUUAGCCAAGCCAUCACGAGCCGAAGCAAAGAGCGGUGCAGAUAAGGUCCGGAGAGGUUUAGAUAUCAACAGGCUGGAGAUCGAACAGCUCAGCCUAGAUCCAUGGUUUUCGUCCCUCUGGACGUUGCAGGAAGCCUAUCUCUGUCCCCAAGCGAUGUUCAUCACCAGACAGGGAGAGCUCCUGAGUCAAUCCGACAUUGAAACCCCCGCAAAAGAUCCUAUGUUGCUGAGUUACUUUAUCGACUAUUGCGACCACAUGCUAACCAUAGUGACGGCACAUGAGAAGAAGCCGCAAACCAUUGCACCAGAUGACAGAUACUUGCUAGCGUUGAAGCAGUCGCUCGAGCGCAGUGGUAUGGUCGGCCUUCGAUCGACUCUACCAAUCACUCUGCUUGGCGCUGCCCGCUAUAGAACGACGACUCGCGUCACAGACCGCGUCUAUGGCAUCAUGCAAGUCUUUGGGUUCCGUCUGGGAAAGUCAAAGCCGGGGUGCAACCCCAACGUUGAAAUUCCCCUCCAAGAGCUGGAGGAUGAGCUUGGUCAAGAGCUCCUUAUCCGUGAGCCUGUUAUGAGCCAGAUGCAUGUUUUUGAAGGUCUUCCACAGGUUGGGAAAGGUUGGAGAAUUUCUCAAGACUCUCGACCUACGAGGCGGCUUCAUCUCGUCAACCACACAUAUGGUGACGGCAAGUCGGUUUUUGAAGACAUUUCAACAAAAGCCCAACUCUCAACCAUCGCUCUCGACGGAAUUACUUGGGGUUACUUCAAUGGCAAGACGUGCAAGUUCACCAAGCUGGUUGAGAUUUGGGACAGCGAUAAAGGAUGGGGAGGCGGCAUCAUCGACCUCGAUGGCUUGGAAAACUGGACCGCUGUUCAUGGACCUGACAUUGCCCGCGAAGAAGCCCUUACGUUUAGCCAGAAACAUCCAGACGCGGUGGUCUUACUUCUGGGUCUUCCCGAGGGGGGGGCAUCCCAUGCAAGCUCGAGGAUGCCAAUAGGUCUCCUGCUUGUUCCCUUCAGUCGUCAGUCCGUGGUUUCAAAGAGCGUAGACAUGUGGCAAAGAGCCGGUGUCUGUCAAUGGUGGACAAGCCAUGUGCCUAAUCACAGUUCUGAGGUGGUGAGAACUUUGGAGGGGGAAUCUGGAGACUGGAUUCUCAGUGCUGGGGCUUUUGGAUGA